UUCACACCGAGGAGCCCGGCCGCAGCCAAGGAGACGGAGAAACACCCCCAAAAUCCUCCACACACACACACACACACACUCACACACUCAAACACACAAAAGCAUUCCUGGCUUUCAGUUCCAGAGGAGAGGGAAGAAGAAAACCAGCUCCAAGAGGGAGAGAUCCUCCACUGGCCUCACCAUCACCUGCAGCAUCUGCUGCCGCACCUCCUGCCGCAGGAGGCGCCGGGGCCGGGAGUCCGAGAGCAGCGGGGGGGCCGCGGAGGCCGGGGGUCCGAGAGCAGCGGGGGGGCCGCGGAGGCCGGGGGUCCGAGAGCAGCAGGGGGGGGGCGGCGAUCUGCAUGAAGCACCGACAGGAUGAGGGCGACUCUGAGGAUCACGUGGCUCCUGCUCUCUCUCAGCUUCCUGUUUGACGGCAUCUGUUCAGAUGACACCCAGACCAAUUCUACGACACAGCAGCCUCCUGGCACGACGGUGAAAGCCACCACGCAGCCUCCUGCCGGCACCAUGGCCGGGACGGCCGGCGCCGUCCUGACGACCAACAAACCUACUGAAGCAGCUACAGCGACGGCAGCGCCUGCCAACGCAGACCCAAACACCGGGACACAGAAACCCACCGGCCCGUCGGACCCACAACAGACGUUCACCGUCACUAAACCAGUGACCGCCGCAGCUGCCACAACCAAACUGACCCCCGCCCAGCCCCAACUGACCACUUCAAAACCUGACCAAAUUACACUGCCUGCCUCUUCCGAUGCCCCCUCCACCGUGGUGCCCGGCACCACUGUAACCCAGGCGCCCACCACCGUGAAGAACACCACCCCGCUGGUCAGCACCAGCGGCGGCGGGAGCACAGGGCCUAUUCCCAACCCGGCCACCGCCAAGACCCCCGGCCAUCAAACAACACUCCCGGCUGAGCCGGGCAGUCAGAAGACAUCUGCGACGGUGAAGGGAGGAACAAAUCCCCCGACACCCGAAGCCGGGGGCAGAACUCCGGCGGCGUUCACUCCCACCACGAGCCAGGCGGAUAGCAGAGGAGGUACCAAGGGAACACUCCCGCCAGGCCAAGGACCGACGACCGACAAGACCACGGCGGCGGCGGGGAAUCCGGAGACCACUACGACCACCAAGCUCCAGACCAAGCCCCCGGUGACCGUCAGUACCAAAGCUGGGACCUUGCCCCCCCAGAUCACCACCAUCGUCACCACCAGCAGCAGCACCUCGGCUCUGACAAAGAAGUUCACUUAUUCUCUCCUCAGCGAGCAGGAGACCAAGGAAGAGGAAGACCUGGCCAAGGUGUGCAAGCUCCUCAUGCCCAACUGGCUCAACGGCACGUGCACGCUGACGUGGCGGCACCACAACGGCAAAGUGCAGUUUGACCUUGUGGAGAUAAACGGAAAAGUGAAAACCAGCCAGGCGGCGCAGUAUUACGAGGAAAUCACCAAGAAGCCCACCAACAACACAACGCUGAUCGCCAUCCUGGCCUCCUGUGGCGCCCUGCUCAUCAUGAUCAUCAUCCUGGCGGUGUGCGCCACGCACCACCGCAAGCCCUACCACGAGAACCAGCAACACCUGACGGAGGAGCUGCACACGGUGGAGAACGGUUACCACGACAACCCCACGCUGGAGGUGGAGGUGCAGCCGGAGAUGCAGGAGAAGAAGGUGGCGCUGAACGGGGAGUUCAACGACAGCUGGAUCGUCCCCAUCGACAACCUCCUGAAGGAGGACCUCCCCGACGAGGAGGACACCCACCUGUGAGGGGGACGCCCCCCCAACCGGACUCACCUCACAGACCUACGUCACAUAGAGCAGCCGGGACGCUGCGUUCCCGUUCUGGGGCGGCUCUGUGGGAUGUCUGCAGAGUCCCCUCUUGUGUUGAUAGUUAUUAUAUAAGUUUGUGAAGCGUGCCACUUCCUACCGAGCACAACCCGCUUCGUGUCCACGUCACUGUUCUCACAUGUACGUACUUCUGAAAGCGCCCGAAGCGAGGCAGGAACCAGGUGAAUACGGAGCGCCGCGAGCCGUCCUGGUCGUCCUGCCUCAGACUAGCUUUAGACUGACGACCUCCGGCGAUUCUCCACCGCGAGGGGGAAGCUAGCAGUAGAGACAAAUUUUAACCGAAGAAUGCAAAAACAAUUCUGACGUAUGGAAGCCAUUAGAAGACUUCUCACGAGGUCCGGAUUCGUGCCUCAUUUCGUAGGUUUUAAGCGACGUCACACAGUAUUCACUGCGCCAUCUUCUGGUUUAAAUAGAGACUGCACUGAAAUACUGUGACCCCUCCAUCUGCUGUGCAGUGGGACGUAUCAAUUAAAACAAAAGAUUGAGAAAACCGUUAUAACAUCUCCAAAAACACAGUGGUUAUGCCACACUACUAGCUUAGCGAUCAUUGAAUAUUCAGACAUAACAUCAGUCUAAAUCAAAAGCUAAGUUAGCAACAGGUGACUUACCUGAAGUGAGGUUCUGGAUCGUCCUGCCUGCUCUUCUUCAGUUUUUGUCUUUCAUUUUCUUCGCCUUCAUGUCACAGUUUCAAAAUCACAAUCCCGUCCACAAGUCAAGUAAUGAGCACGAACACGUUUCUACAAACGGCUCUGGGAUUCGUCACUUCUAAAACAACAGAUCUGGACUGUAGUGUGUAAUACCGCCACAAGAUGGUGUCGCGAGCGGGAGGCAUUAGCAUUAAUGUCAUGGCAGUUGAAACAACUGGUGUACACAGGACAACAUGGUUAGCAUCACUAGCUUGCCCGGUUUAGAACGGCUCUUAACUAAAGCGCUCUUAUUUUGGAAAAACUUAAGCCAAUCAUCAUCAUGCCACAGUGCAAUAUGCCAGUUAAUUUAAUAAAAUGCUUGAUAGAACUUUGAAAAACUGUAAAAAGCCAAAAAAUAAAUUCAUGGAUUUAUAAAUAAAACAUUUUAAGGGAUAAGUUCAGAUUUUUCUUCUUAAUCCGUAUGAAUAUGGUGGCAGUUCGACAAGUGUGUAAAACCAAUUUCUCAAAUCUUCCAACACCAGUGCUGCCUUUAAAAAAGAAAAAAACACUUUGUAAAUAAUCGUUUUAUUGUUCCUGAUGUGAAACGUUAAACCUUUCCUGCAUUUAAAGCAGUUUUUCUGGAUGUACCUUCACACGUGGACCCACUACCCUCGGCACUCCACCGGCGUGGUUCCUGCUUGUUUUUGAGUGACUUGUUUGAUUUUAUACCAUCUGUGCUGUUUUGUUGUUUCACCUGUUUGUUUAUUUUUCCUGUAUUUAUGCUGCGUUCGCCUCUCGGGGCGAACAACAGGGGGUCUGACACACUGGAAGCUGUAAAUCCUGCCGACGGUCCCGGCCGUCACUUUUCUUUGUACUCGUUUUUCGGAAUUGCAAAUAAAGGAAGCGUCUCGGAAUUUAAGAAAAGUUCA